ACUUCGUAAAUGUUGUCUUUGCCCGCUACUUUACUUCUCUGCUUCAAUGUCUUGAAAUAAGUUAGUGAAUAUGGCGUAUCAACAUCAGUUUACAUCGGAAGAAAAUGAAGAUGACUUAGAAAAACUACGGCUUGCUGCUCUUAAAUCAUUGCGGACUGCAAAAGCAGUUCCUAAAGUUGUCAGGAAGUUUAAGAAGGUCAAUAAGAAGUUUAUUUUUAAGGGCCAAGGAAUUCGAACUAACUGCUAUAAUGGCAAAUCAAUGAAAAAGAAUUUCAGAGGUAACUCAAACCAGAAUUUCAGAGGCAACUCAAACCAGAAUUUUAGAAACAACUCAAACCUUAUUACAAUAGUUCCUGUGGUGGAAAUGUCUGGGGCCUCUGGGAGUGAAUGUGGAGGACAAUCUUCAGAAAGUAAAGAUUCAGAAGUUAAUCAAGUGCCAUCAAAAUUCAGCCGAUAUGAUGAUGACAAUUCAGAUAAUAGUGAUGAAGAUUUUAUGGGCUACUGUGGUACAAAUGGAGUUGAAGAAGAUGAAAGUGCAGAGGAAGAUUCUGACAUAUUGUUACUAGAUACAAAUGAAGAAGAAAGUCUGGAAAAACUAAUGGAUGAAUUAGAAGAAGAGAUAAAGAAAACUGAAAGGACUUCACUGUCUGUAACAAGUGCAGAUGACAGUGAAACGGAGGUACCAGAAAAAAGUGUUCUGCAGGAAGAAACUGAUGUAAAAGUUUGCCGUGAUCAACAACCGGAGUCUUGUGUGAGUGAUGUGUGUGUUCAGCCUGAUGUUGUGAGUGAAAAUUCUGUUACAAUUAGUGCUCUGCAAGGAACAACAAAAGAAGUGGUCAGCAGCACUGUAGAUGCUGCAUAUGACAAUGGACAAACACUUUCCACUGUAAAAGCCCAAGAAACAUGUACUCUGCUAAUUUCAGUGCCAGUAUCUACAGUGAAGACCACAGACAAUGAACCAGCUGCUCAGGCUGAAAAUUCCCAUAUUACUUUAAAAAUGUCUCAAAUAUCAAGGCAUUCACCACCUGAUAAUAAGUACAUCAAAUGUUCCAAUAAGAGUGUAAUAACCCCAAACCAGUCCCCUGUUCAUUCACCUGGGCAAUGUAGCCAUCCAGAAAAUUGUCAAAGCCAAGGGUCUUCAUUGUACAAACCCACCUCAUGUAGUCCUGGAGCAACCCACAAUACAAGCAGAGUUUCAGACUCAUCUUCAAUAUAUAAUUCAGUGUCUCAAGUGGAAAGGUCUCAGGUUCAUGAUAACAGAUCUCAAAGCACAAAAUCCCCAGUCUAUCGACGAUCACGAACUCCACCAUCACCAUCUAGGACUACUACUUCAAAAAUGAGAAACUCCUUCAGCCGAUCAUGCAGUCCAAGAUCUCCAUUGCGAAUUCGAAGGUCACCUGCACAUGCUGUGAAAUCACGAAGCCCCAAGUCACCUGUACGUAAACUAAGUCCUCAUAAUUCUAGAUCACCGAUUUAUGAUUCAAGACCAUAUACACAAACGUCACCAGUUCACUCUCUUCAAUCACGGAGCCCACAUUCUCCUUGCAGUAGUGAUAGAUUUCAUAGUCCUUCACGCAUUCAUAGGUCUUCGAGAAUUUCUACAUCAAAAUCUCCAGUUCACCAAGUGAGGUCACCUAGCCCAAGACCUUCCACUCAUUUGCGAAGAUCUUGCAGUCCAAGAUCAAGUCCUCUCAGGCAUACAUCUCGGUCUCCAAGAUCAAGUCCUCAUAACCAGAAAUCUCUUAGUCCAAGAUCAAUUGCUCACAAGCGACAAUCCUGCAGUCCGAGGUCUGCUACUCACAUGCGAAGAUCAUGCAGCCCGAGGCCUGCUGCAAAUGUACAAAGAUCGUGCAGUCCAAGAUCAGCUGUGACUAUGCGGAGAUCUCGUAGUCCAGGACCAGCAUCAAGUAUGCGUAUAUCUUGCAGUCCAGGACCAUCAUCAACUAUGAGAUCUCAUAGUCCAGGACCAGUGACAAGUAUGCGGAGAUCGUGCAGUCCGGGGCCAGCAAUAACCAUGCGGAGAUCACGCAGUCCAGGACCACUGACGAACACACAGAGGUCACGCAGUCCAGAGCCACUGAUGAACAUGCAGAGGUCACGGAGUCCAGGGCCUGUGAAGAACAUGCGGAGGUCACACAGUUCAGGGCCUGCGAUGAGCAUGCGGAGGUCGUGCAGUCCAGGGCCACAGACAAGCAGGCGGAGGUCACGCAGUCCAGGGCCACAGACAAGCAGGCGGAGGUCACGCAGUCCAGGGCCACAGACAAGCAGGCAGAGGUCACGCAGUCCAGGGCCACAGACAAGCAGGCAGAGGUCACGCAGUCCAGGGCCACAGACAAGCAGGCAGAGGUCACGCAGUCCAGGGCCACAGACAAGCAGGCAGAGGUCACGCAGUCCAGGGCCACAGACAAGCAGGCAGAGGUCACGCAGUCCAGGGCCACAGACAAGCAGGCGGAGGUCUCGCAGUCCAGGGCUGCAGAUGAGCAGGCAGAGAUCAUGCAGUCCAGGGCCAAGGAUAAGCGUGCGGAGAUCACGGAGUCCAGGGUCAGUGACAAGCAUGUGGAGGUCACGGAGUCCCGGGCCAGUAAAGAGCAAUCGGAGGUCAUGCAGCCCAGGGCCAGUGAAGAGCAAGCGGAGGUCAUGCAGCCCAGGGCCAGUGAAGAGCAAGCGGAGGUCACGCAGUCCAGGGCCAGCAAAGAACAUGCGGAGGUCACGUAGUCCAGGGCCAGCAACGAGUUUGCGAAGGUCCCACAGUCCAGGGCCAGCAACGAACAUGCGGAGAUCACGCAGUCCACAGCCAGCGACGAGCAUGCGGAGAUCACACAGUCCAGGGCCAGCGACAAGAAUGCUGAGAUCACGCAGUCCACAACCAGUGACGAGCAUGCGGAGAUCACCCAGUCCAGUGCCAGCAAGGAACAGGUGGAUGUCACGCAGUCCAGGUCCAGUGAGGAGCAGGCAGAGAUCACGCAGCCCAGGUCCAGCGAGGAGCAGGCAGAGAUCACGCAGCCCAGGUCCAGUGAGGAGCAUGCGGAGAUCACGCAGUCCAGGCCCAAUGACGAGCAUGCGGAGAUCACACAGUCCACACCCAAUGACGAGCAUGCGGAGAUCACGCAGUCCAGGGGCAAGGACGAGCAUGCGGAGAUCACGCAGCCCAGGGCCAAGGACGAGCAUGCGUAGAUCACGCAGCCCAGGGCCAAGGACGAGCAUGUGUAGAUCGCGCAGUCCUGGGCCAGUGACGAGCAAGCGUAGAUCGCGCAGUCCAGGGCCAGUGACAAGCAAGCAUAAAUCACGCAGUCCAGGACCAGCAAAGAACAUGCGUAGAUCGCGCAGUCCAGGACCAACAACAAAUACACGGAGAUCUCGUAGUCCAGGACCUGCAAGGAAUGCGAGGAGAUCUCGCAGCCCGAGACCAGCAGUGAGUGCACGGAGAUCCCGCAGUCCUGGACCGACAGUGAGUACGCGGAGAUCUCGCAGUCCAGGACCUGCAACAUGUACCCGGAGAUCUCACAGUCCAGGACCUGUAACACGUACACGGAGAUCACGCAGUUCAGGACCGGCAAUGAGCACACAGAGAUCUCGCAGUCCAAGACCAGCAGUGAACACACGGAGAUCUCGCAGUCCAGGUCUGGCAGUCAGCACACGGAGAUCUCGCAGUCCAAGACCAGCAGUGAACACACGGAGAUCUCGCAGUCCAGGUCCGGCUGUCAGCACACGGAGAUCUCGCAGUCCAGGACGGGGAAUGAGCACACGGAGAUCUCGCAGUCCAGGACCGGCAGUGAGCACACGGAGAUCUCGCAGUCCAGGACGGGCAGUGAGCACACGGAGAUCUCGCAGUCCAGGAAGGGCAGUGGGCACACGGAGAUCUCGCAGUCCAGGAAGAGGAGUGGGCACACGGAGAUCUCGCAGUCCAGGAUGGGCAGUGAGCACACGGAGAUCUCGCAGUCCAGGAAGGGGAGUGGACACGAAGAGAUCUCGCAGUCCAGGACAGGCAAUGAGCACACGGAGAUCUCGCAGUCCAGGACGGGCAGUGAGCACACGGAGAUCUUGCAGUCCAGGACGGGCAGUGAGCACACAGAGAUCUUGCAGUCCAGGACCAGCAGCGAGCACACGGAGAUCUCGCAGUCCAGGACGGGCAGUGAGCACACGGAGAUCUCGCAGUCCAGGACGGGCAGUGAGCACACGGAGAUCUCGCAGUCCAGGAUGGGGAAUGACCACACGGAGAUCUCGCAGUCCAGGACGGGCAGUGUGCACACGAAGAUCUCGCAGUCCAGGACGGGCAGUAAGCACACGGAAAUCUCGCAGUCCAGGACCGGCAAUGUGCACACGAAGAUCUCGCAGUCCAGGACUGGCAAAGUGCACACGAAGAUCUCGCAGUCCAGGACCGGCAAUGACUACACGAAGAUCUCGCAGUCCAGGACCGACAAUGACCACACGAAGAUCUCGCAGUCCAGGACCGGCAAUGGCCACACGAAGAUCUCGCAGUCCAGGACCGACCAAGAGUACAAGGAGAUCUCGCAGUCCAGGAGUGGCUAAGAGCAAACGGAGAUCUCGCAGUCCAGGACCGGCCAAAGGCACACGGAUGUCUCGCAGUCCAGGACCGGAAAUGAGCUCAAACAGAUCUCGCAGUCCAGGACCACUAAUGAGCAUUCAUAGAUCUCACAGCCCAAGACCUGUAACAUGUAUGCAGAGAUCUCGCAGUCCACGGCCAUCUUCUAGUGCCCGGAGAUCUCGCAGUCCGAGACCAUCUACCGAUACCCGAAGAUCUCGCAGUCCAAGACCAGUUAACAGUACUCGAAGAUCUCGCAGUCCAAGACCAGCUGGUAGUGUGCGACGAUCUCACAGUCCAAGACCGUCUGUGAGUGUGCUGAGAUCUCACAGUCCCAGACCAGUAGUGAGUAUUCGAAGAUCUCGCAGCCCGAGACUGAUAGUGAGUACUCGUAGAUCUCGGAGUCCAAGAUCAGCUUCUGAUAUGCGGAGAUCACACAGUCCAAGACCACGUACUAAUCUGCGUAGAUCUAGAAGUCCAAGCCCUGCCAUGAAUAUACGGAAGUCUCGCAGUCCAAGAACAGCAGCUAAGGUACAGAGAUCUGUUAGUCCAACACCAGCCUCUAAUAUGCAGAGCUCUAUUAGCCCAAGACCAGCCACAAAUUUGAGAAGAUCUCUGAGUCCAAGACCAGGUACUAAUAUUCGGAGAUCUCCCAGUCCAAGACCAAUGGCUAUUGUACGAAGAUCUCUCAGUCCAAGACCACCUGCUAAAAUACGGAGAUCUGUUAGUCCACAGCCAGCUGCUAAGAUACGAAGAUCAGGAAGUCCCAGACCAACUGCUAAUGUGCGUAGAUCUGGCAGUCCAAGAACAGCCACUAAGGUACUGAGAUCUAAUAGUCCAAGACCAGCUGCUCAUGUGCGGAGCUCUGGUAGUCCAAGAAGAGUUGCUCUGAUAAAGAGAUCUGGUAGUCCGAGACAAACUGCUCAGAUGUGCAUAUCUUUUAGUCCAAGAUUAACUGAACACAGGAGGAAAUCCUCUAGUCCCAGAUCGUGUACUCGCGUGAAGAAGUCGUGUAGCCCUAGGUCAGCCACCCAAAUACGGAGAUCUUGUAGUCCCAGACAAGUCAGUCAGAGGAAGAGGUCUCGUAGUCCCACUUGGUCUCCAGCUAGAAAAUCUGCAUCACAAUUCAGAAAGCUGUCAAGAUCACCAUCUAGGAGAUAUUCUGACAACCAUUAUUCUCCUUCACAUUCCAGAUGCUCUAGAAAGCAUUCAUUAUCACCAAGAUCCAGAAAUUACAUUUCACCAGGUAGGUCUGGCUCACCAAGGGAAAGACAAAAGUCACCACAAUGCAAAAUAUCUCCAGUUAGAAUGCAGGCACAUGACCGGAGAAGUAUUACAUCACAGAAGAAAUCCAUUUCUCCAAAGUGCAGGAGGCAUUCGCUGUCACCAGGAAAAGGAUAUGUAAAGUCACCCAUUAUCCAAAGAACAUUUGCGUCACCCAAAAGACACUCACCAGAUGUGCAGCGGAAGAGAUCACCUAUAAAUUUUCCUUCAAAUAAGUCAAAUGUUUCAAAACAUGCCAUGCAGAGAAGCAAAUCACCAGUUUCAAGAGUUUCGAAUUCGCCUCCAAUAAGUCUAGAGCAACUACAUUUGAAUAGGAAGCAUUCAAAGGGUAGGAGCCCAUCUCCCUGUCCAAUUAAAAUGUAUGGUGUAUCAAGUACCAGAAAAAAGUCCCCAGAAAAACUACCAAGAAAAUCAUCUCAUAUGUCUUCUAAAGACAGAGAAAAUGUGCAUUACACAGCAUCACCAUAUGACCAUCAGGUCUCUACUUCUCCAGAGGUGAAACCUUCUCACACGGAUAAAUGUUACAGAAGUCCACAAAGAAAAACAUCACCACAUUUAAUGGCAUCGUUGUCACCUCUCUCUCCACAGAACUCAUUCUCUUUCUCAGGGGCUCAUGAAGAUGAUCAUUCAUUACGGAGAAAAGAUGUAGGUUUAAUUCAUGGAAAGCCCAUGCAUGACAAUCGAAAGAAUAAUACAUCUGUAGAAGAAUUAUAUUGUCAUUCAGAUAACCCCUCAACCCAGAAAAGUCGGAGUCAGACACCAAGCCUGAGCCCGUCACCUGAGAAAAACUCUGAGUCAGAAAAUAAAUACUAUACAGUGCCUCUCAGAAUCCAAACCUCAUCUCUAGGUUACAAGAAUCCCCCUGUUUCUAAUUCUUUGAAAAACAAUGACAUCAGUUGUUGGCAAGGAGCUUCGGCAUGCUCAGUUACCACUGAUAGUGGUAACAAAGUUAAGUCGUUAAGAAAAAAUCAUGAUGAAAGUGUUACACAGACCAGAUCUGAGCUGAUGUCCAAAAACUGCACAAAAAAAACAGAAAGAAAAACGUCACAUAAAUAUAGGAUGAAAGAUAAAAAUAAGAAAGGACAUAUAGUGGCGAUGUGUCAGGAUGAACCAAAGUCAUUGGCACUAAACUCUGAUGUUAUCGACACAGGUAGAAGUAUGGUGAAUGAUAAUGUUCCUAUUCAGGAGACUAAAAAAAGAAAAUUUGAUUCCUCAGAUUCUCUUGAACAUUCUUGUAAAACAAAUAGCUUGGAUCAGUUAUCAGAAACUGAGGUAGAGAAGGAAAUGGAAACUGUCACUAAAAUAGCUAAUACCACCGAUGACAGAACCUUAGAUGAACUUGAAGAUCUUUUGGACUUGGAAUUAGAUAAAUCAGUUGAUUUAUGGGAAAGUGAUGAAUCAGAAAAUGAGCAUUUUCAUCAAGAAACAAAGACCCUGGAAAAAUCUUUAGAUUUAGCUGAAGAUCAGCACUCAAGAACUUGUGGUAUGGAAAUGGACAGUGCAGUUGCGAAAGGAAGACUGAAAGACACCACUGGUGAAAAAUUAAACUUCUCUACCACAGGAGAUUCACCUGGUGAAGAAAGUAAGGUGAUAAAAGUUACAUCAGGUGGAUCGGGCAAGAGGAAGAAAAGAUCAGACUCUCGGAAAAAUUCGUCUAGAAAGUCCAGCCGCAGAGAAAACAGAAUUAAAGUGCAGCAGUUGGGAGAGCAGUGUAGCCCAUCAAAAACAGAAUCAGCAGAUGAAAGCAUGGAGCAUACUGAUAUAACAGACUGUGACCUCAGGGCAGAGCUAAGUCGAAGACGAGCAGAAAGAUUACUUAAGGCAGGGUCAUUACAUACUGCACUCCCUACAAGGUUACUGCAAUCUGCAUUUCGGGGACUUGGUAGCGGCAAAACUGCCAAGAAAGAGGCCAGUGAACGCAAAUCGUGUGACAGAGAGCUGCAGAAAAGAGACAAAACAGAUGGACGAAGAGUUAUGGUUCUGAAGUCACCCCCUUCUGAAGAUCAGGAUGUUGUGAGCCUCAGUGUCACCAUACCAAAGGAUAAAAAGGAUAAAAACUCUCCAUCAAAAGUACCUGUUCACUUACGCCUUGGCCUUCCUAGUAGUAGCUGGGACACACAGAAUUCCCAUUCAAGACGAAGAGGUUAUCGUAAGGUGAAGCUUAAACGCAGUGUGAUUGUUUCAUCUGAGAAAGGUCAUAAGGUUUAAUCUUGGAUUGGACAUAAGGAAAGGCAAAAUAUUAGAAACGAGAAGACGUGUUUGAAAAUUGUUGGACAAUAUUGGACAGUAAUCAUAUUGAUUGUGCAUUUUUUUGGGAUACUUUAUUCCAUUAUUUAACUGUUAUUUCUACUGAAUUUACAAUGUAAAUAAAGUAAUGAGUCAUGUGUUUACAUCUUUGUAUAAAUGUAAAUGAAAUAUUCCUUUGUUGUUUUUAUAUAUACACCAAUAAAAUAUUUAUUUGUAGUCAUAAUUGUAUAUAUUGCAUGUAUAUAAAUCUAAGACUUCUCCAAUUUAUAAAUCGUUGUAUUUGAUAUACAUAAAGAUUUCAGAACAACAGAAUUAUGUGGAGGAAAUGAACUGUAUUUUUUCUACAAAAUGUUUUUUUUUAUCUUGUAAUUACACUUUCUCAAGUACCUGAUAUAAAAUAGCUACUUCAUUUUUACAAU